UUCACCUACCUGCCCUCCCGUUUGCCACACUCAAAUUGCUAGUAGAUACAGCGCUCGACCGCUGGCGCCACGCUGGGCCGCUCGCGCGUACCGCGUUUAUAGGUGGUUUCUUUCGCCGAGGGCGCUCGAACGCAAUCAUAUGGUUAGCAUGAAUGCAAGCCUUGGAAGCGUGGCUGUAUGGCUGAUCAGUCUGCCUCUGGACACGGACGCGUUCGGACGCAAGAUGUCGAGCUCUGCAAGAGCAGGUUCAGCGGCCGCGUUUGGCCGUGGUAACAGGUCUUCUGUCGCCCCACCGGGUUAUCGGUAUGUACUACCGACUUUGCCAUCAGGAGAAACUAUGAAGGAGUGUUUGUUUUUACACUGUGACGUGACCGGGAGACCAUAUCGCCUCGAAGACUUCCGUGACCCGCUGCAAGAGCUGGGUGUACUGAAAGACGUGACUGGUAUAGGGCCCUUCCAAAUGACGCAUGUGUGGCUGAUCAAGCUAAGAACGCCAGAGGCAAAGGAAGUGCUGGUUAACGCGGGUGGCUUGGAGGUCAAAGGGCGUUUUUGCGCCGUCAUUGACCCUGUACAGCAAGACAUCACACUCAAAGUGCACUGGGUGCCAUUCCACAUUACCGGGGAAGCACUGAAGAGGACUUUCGACCACUAUGGCGAAGUGAAAGAAGUACGACAAGAGGAUUGGAAGGUGAGAGGUUUUGAACAAGCCGAGUCCACUGCGCGUAUUGUGCGGAUGACGCUCCGAGAGGAUUUAACACCGGACGCUUUGCCCCACUUGUUCAAGAUCUUUGGUGGUUCAGUGCUCGUCGUCGUUCCCGGCAGAGCUCCAAUUUGCCUUCGUUGUCGACGCAAAGGACACAUUAGGCGAGACUGCAGAGUGCCAAGAUGUGCUCAGUGCCGGGAAUUCGGCCAUGAAGCACAAGGCUGUGUGCGUACAUAUGCAAGAGUUACUGGCAGCAAGCAACCUGAAGACGAGGGUCUCGAAUUGAUGGAGGAAGAGGUAACGGAGAAGCUGACAGCGUCCUUAGAAACGCAGGCUGAACAGGUGGCUAGUGACGCGGAAAAGGUGGCAACGCCAUCCGCGUCGACACAGGACGACACUGCAGGAAGAAAGCAGAGGCAAAGAAGAAUGCAGGAAGAAGUGAGGACACCUCCUGCACCCGAAAACGCGGAUCAUGGGCGUGACGAGUUGAACGUGGCGAUGGUCGCGGAGCCAGACACACCAUAUGAGACGCCUGAUGAGACGGCCACUGAGGAGCCUGCCUUCCAAACGGCAUCGACGUGAUGCUCCAGAUGAGGAGACGCAGGGGGAAAGUGUUCAACGCCUGGAGCCGCAGUGGAUGGAGGUCCGGUCGACCCGGGCCAAGAAAGGAAAGUACGCCCCAGCGCAAAGGUCAGCGUCGCUCACCCGAGAAGGGGAGGCGACGCAGUGACCAACGCGACUGGCGUCGCGGGUGCCCGUUCAAGCUGUCGUGCCGACAGGGACGCUCAGUUUGUGAAAGUUGCUAAUUGCUGGACGCCUUGCCGUUGUUUUACUCUUGCUAUUUGAAAUGGCUAUGUCGCUAGCUCCAUUGCGCGUGGGAACGCUCAACGUUAGAGGUCUCAGGGCGAGACGCAGACAGCGUCAGCUCCGACGCGUAAUGUUAGAGGAAGAUUUAGAUAUCUUGACGAUUCAGGCGA